CCCGCCCUAUGCUGUCACGUGCAAGAUUCUCUUUAUAAGCUGUGUGUGCAAGGAUCACCCACAUCAAGCUAAGAAUCCGCAAACCGUGUCCUUCCUCAGUCCUGAGAAGGCACAAUUCAGAGCAGCCCUGCAGCCAGCUACCCGAGAAGAAAGUAAGACCAGACUACAGUACUGCAGGACCUUGGAUCACCCGGCAAUAAACAUGAGUGAAAUAUCUAAGAAUUCUUUAAAAUACUUCCUGCUGAAGCUGGAUUGUCACUUUACUUGGAAUCUACAGAAGGAGGAUAUUGAGGUGCGUUAUGCAGAAGAGAGAAUUGAUGACCAGUUGGAAUAUCUGACCAUUAAAUCCAAAGUCACCCUUUUUAACUUACUGGCCUAUGUGAAACAUCUAAAAGGCCAAGAUGAAGAAGCUUUAGAAAGCUUAAAAAAUGCCGAAGAAAGGAUUCAGGAGGACUGUGCCAAUCAAGUAGAAAUGAGAAGCCUGGUGACCUGGGGAAAUUAUGCAUGGAUCUAUUAUCAUAUGGGCAGACUCCCUGAUGCCCAGGCUUACCUGGACAAGGUGGAGGCAAGUUGUAAAAGGCUGUCAAGUCCUUUCCGCUAUAAGGUAGAGCUUCCAGAAAUUGAGUGUGAGAAAGGGUGGUCACUUCUCAAGUUUGGAGGGAAGUAUUAUGAGAGGGCCAAAGCCUGUUUUGAAAAGGCCCUGGAGUCAGACCCUGAGCACCCUGAAUUUAAUGCUGGAUUUGCCAUUGUCAUGUACCGAAUGGAUGACUUUGAUAAAGAUGGUACCCAUGUUAAAAGUCUUUCUCUGAGCCCUCUGAAGAAGGCACUUGGGCUGGAUCCCAAAAGUACAUUUGUUAAGGUUCUCCUGGCACUAAAGCUUCAGGACUUAGGGGCAAGUUUUGAAGGAGAAAAAUAUAUUAAGGAAGCCCUUGACCAAGGAUCAUCUGAGCCCUAUGUCUUUCGCUACGCAGCAAAAUUUUACCGGCGAGAAGACAACCCGAAGAAGGCUAUGGAGCUCUUAAAACAGGCCUUAAAACUGGUACCAACCUCUGCUUUCCUGCAUCAUCAAAUGGGACUUUGUUAUAGAGCACAAAUGAUCCAAAUCAAAAAGGCCACAUGGAACAAACCCAGGGGAAAGGACAAACAGGAAGUAGACAGACUAAUCCAGUCUGCCAUAUUUCAUUUUGAAACAGCCGUCAGAGAGAAGUCUCUGUUUGUGUUUGCUCACAUAGACUUGGCCAACAUGUACGCGGAAGCAGGUCAGCUUGGAAAGGCUGAGGACAUUUUUCAAAAAGCGUUGGGCCUAGAACACGUCAGAGAAGAGGAGAAGCAACAGGCCCAUUUCAAAUACGGCCGCUUCCUGGAAUUUCACAGGAAAGCUGGACAUCUUGCCUUGCACCAUUAUUUAGAAGGGAUAAAGAUAAGUCCUAAGUUUUGCAGCCAACUUGUAAGGGCUUUGCAGAAUUUAGCUCUCAAACGGUUGAAUCAAAAUUCUCUGGAUGCGCAGAGUUUAGGGGCCCUUGCGUUUGUUCACAAGCUGAAUGGGGAGAAGAGCCAGGCAGUUGCGUAUUAUGAGAGAGCCUUGAAACAAGAUCCUACUAACAGUGAAUAUAUUGGUGCUCUGUUAGAGCUGCGCCUCUCCAUUUAAAAUCCCACAUUUCAUAGUGUGUUCUUUUUAAGUAUUGAUUUUUUUAAAUGUAAAACCCUGGGCAGCUAGGUGGCACAGUGGAUAGAGCACCAGCCUUGGAGUCAGGAG